AUGACGGUGGAUUUUCCCUCGGCCGACACGCCUGUCGUCGUACUUUCCGUACUCGUCGUACUCGCCAUGCUUGAGGUUCUCUUGCUGGCACGCGAAUGGUCCCCCUUUGCUGCCUUCUCAUUUUUCUUUUUCCCACCACCACAACAACCCUGGGGUUUCUCAUUACUGGUGGAUUCUCUGCUGGCCGACACCCCUGUCGUCGUGCUCGUCGUACUCGCCGUACUCGCCAUGCUUGGGUUCCAACUACUCACCUGCAAAUUCCAAGAUAAAGCCGAGGAUGAUCUGCUUUCCAGUAAUCGAGGUGAGCGAACGGAGCCUCCACCUUUCCGUACCGAUCGCGGAGCAGCCGCAUUUGCAUUUUCAGUAAGUGAUUGGAGUCCAGAUCUGGAGUUAACCGAGGUCCUUGGCUCUGCAUCAUCCGGCGAAACGAUCCUACUUGGCGCAAGACUUGACGGCCUAUCCCGCUGA